AUGGCUUCAAGGUUACUUCGCGGAACUGGAGCGCUGGUCGCGCAGGCCCUGAGGGCCCGCGGCCCCAGUGCGGCGGCCGCGGUGCGCUCCAUGGCGUCAGGAGGUGGUGUUCCUACUGAUGACGAACAGGCGACUGGGCUGGAGCGGGAGGUCAUGUUGGCUGCACGGAAGGGACUGGACCCAUACAAUAUGCUAGCCCCAAAGGCGGCUUCAGGGACCAAGGAAGACCCUAAUUUAGUCCCUUCCAUCACCAACAAGCGAAUAGUGGGCUGCAUUUGUGAAGAGGACAACAGCGCUGUCAUCUGGUUCUGGGUGCACAAAGGCGAGACCCAGCGAUGCCCUAGCUGUGGAACCCAUUAUAAGCUGGUGCCCCACCAGUUGUCCCACUGA